CUAAAUGUGCACUUUCCGCGCGCGAGACCGUGUGUCCGCAUCCGCAACCCUCCACCGGCUGCGCCAGUCGCACGUUGGCCGAUGACGGACGCGCACGGGGUGAAAGUAAACGUGUCUCCGACCGGUGACACGCUACUCCGGGACAUCGCAAAGGGUAUCGGCGCGAGCGUAUUGGUGUCGAUGAAGGAGACGGCGAACAACGCGGCGAUAUAAUGGCAUCCAGGAAGCCGACCAAGUACGACGAUUCGUAAAAUCGCGAAGAUGGAAUUGCGAAAAGGCUCCUGGAAGAUCGUGAUUCUCGUGUGUGCGUUGGUCAUCUACUUGUGGAUGCUCUUCGUCGAUCACUCGCACGUGUUAACUGAUACAUCGCAGAAAAUCACACUGCAGAAAACGCGAGUUCCCUCAAGGACUGUCUUGUACCAAGGUUCCGAUCGAUCUAGGAUCGAGGACGUGCCUCCGGAUAGCCGGACGGAUUCGAAGAAAUCGCAAUCUCUCUCACCCCGAAACGUGAGCGGUACGCUCGAAGGAGGUAUAUCGGAGUAUCAGACACUUAAGCAACAGGGUCUGCUACCAAGCCGGCAAUUACCGACCGCUCUGAUAAUCGGCGUGAAGAAAGGCGGAACGAGAGCCCUUUUAGAGUUCCUGAGAUUACAUCCCGCGAUUCGCGCCGCCGGCUCCGAGGUUCAUUUCUUCGAUCAUCAUUACGUUAAAGGAUUCCGUUGGUACAGACGCAGAAUGCCCCCAACUCUGAUCGGUCAGAUCACCAUGGAGAAGACGCCAUCGUAUUUCGUGACAAGCGAGGUGCCGAAAAGGGUGAAGCACAUGAACACAGGCAUGAAGCUGAUCGUCGUGGUGAGGGAUCCCGUGACCCGGGCAAUCUCCGAUUACACACAGGUGAAGAGUAAGCGUCGCAAGAUGCCACGCUUCGAAGACCUGGCCUUCCUUAACGGAUCGAAGAUCGUGGAUACUUCCUGGAUGCCUCUGAAGAUUGGAGUCUACGUACGGCACCUGGAACGGUGGUUGCAAUAUUUCCCGCUGUCUCAGUUUUUAUUCGUAUCCGGCGAACGUCUGAUCGCCGACCCGGUGACGGAGGUCACUCGAGUGCAGGACUUCCUGGGUCUCAAGCGGGUGAUAUGCGAGAAACACUUCUAUUUCAAUGCUACUAAGGGCUUCCCUUGCUUGCUCAAGUCGGAGGACCGCGCAACGCCGCACUGUCUCGGAAAAAACAAGGGUCGCAGUCAUCCCUACAUCGACCCCAUGGCAGUUCAACGUCUUCGAGAUUUUUAUCGGCCAUUCAAUCAGCGAUUUUAUCAAUUGGCGGGUAUGGAUUUCGGCUGGUACUAAAAUCCACGCGUAUUGCAUACAUACAUAUCGUAAGCAGGAACGGAGUCAAUUGUCGUCAAGUACUUGUUACGAUAUCUAUUAUCCUGAAUAUCCUGAUAAUCUGAUAAGAAUACAUACAUAUUACA